AUGGAUAGAGAGCAAGAAGAUAUGCAAUUUCUUGGCCUAUUAGGCAUCUACAGAGAAGGCUACAAGAUCGUGGUCUCGUGGCGAAAAAUCCUUAGCCAAAUAACCCUUGCUCUCAUCCUCCCUCUGUCUUUCAUCUUCCUAGCUCACAUGGAAAUCUCCACUCGGCUCUUCUGGAAAAUCAGAGACACUGAGUGGCAGUUAUAUCGGUCCGGUAAUGAUCACCAGAAACACAAGAGACUCGCGGAUGUCUUGUCUUCUGAAUGGACUUAUUAUUACCUCUUCAAAGCCUUCUACUUCACCUGCUUACUGGUUUUUUCUCUCCUCUCCACAGCUGCAGUUGUUUACACAAUUGCAUGUAUUUAUACUGCGCGUGACGUGACUUUCAAGAAAGUCAUGUCUGUUGUUCCUAGGGUCUGGAAAAGGCUCAUGGUCACAUUUGUGAUCAGUUUUGCAGCUUUUUUCGUCUAUAAUUUUAUUUCGUUCUUGAUCAUCAUUUCUUGUGUGAUGCUCGACGGUUUGGCCUCGCUGUACUUAUUCAUCAUCGUGUUAAUCAUAUACGCGAUUGGAUUUGUGUACAUGACUAUGGUGUGGCAACUGGCUAGCGUCGUGACCGUGCUAGAAGACUCUUAUGGAUUUAAGGCCAUGAUGAAAAGCAGGAACCUGAUCAAAGGGAACAUGUGGGUAUCUCUGAUCAUAUUUUUUAAGUUGAAUUUCGCUCUUGUGGCGAUCCAGUUUGUGUUCCAGGUAUUCGUUGUACAUGGCUUUUCAGUGGAUCCUUGGAAGAAAAUUCUGUUGGGGAUUUUAUCUUUUCUCCUACUUAUCGUGUUGAUUCUGUUCUGGCUUGUGGCUCAAACCAUCAUCUACUUUGUCUGUAAAUCGUAUCAUCAUGAAAACAUCGAUAAAUCAUCCUUGUCAGAUCAUCUUGAGGUGUAUCUGGGAGAGUACGAGCCACUCAAGUCCAAAGAUCUGCAGCUGGAGCAUUACGAAGUUUGA